AAUUGGGCUUGGCUGUCAAUUAUAUGCAACAAAGCUUUACACCCCCACCUGUUGAGCACACGUCCCGGCCAGAAGGUUUGCGUUCGGUAUCUCGUUCUUGGCAGGUCAGCCCACCAGAUCCCAAGGAGGUUCAUCUUGACAUGGCCCUCUAUCAGAAGAAGAUUGACUUUAGGUCCUUGAGCCCCCCACCGAACUUCGACAUGCAGACGAUGCAGCAGGAGAUCAGAAGACUUGCUCAUGGCCAAGCCGACCUCCUGCAGAAACUCCGAGACCAACAAGCGCAAGUCAGCGCCAUGGAGUCGUCUACCCCUACUAUGCGAGAGUAUUCGGCAUUUGUGGUCCGAAAACAAGAUAUUGACGCAAGUGCCCUUCUCCCCCUGGCGGUUGACUCACCCGUGACCCUGUCACAACGUCUUUUGGUGCUCGAAGAGAUUACCUGGUUUAUUCAAGAUCAAGAUUUGGCUAGCCAUCCUCUCUCGGAGAAAAUUGCAAGUCUAGAGACCUCUGUUUGGUUUCAGGAAGAAAAAAUCACCGGAGCGACUCACCAGAUGGACCGUAUUGAAGAGUCUGCCCACAUGCGUUGGAAGGAAACACAAGAAGAUUUGCAGUCCAUCCAAAGUGAUCACCAGAGACUGGAAGCUGUGGUGAGGGAAGCCGUCAAGACACUGGAGAACAAGUGGGAGACUACGCCAGCUGCAUUACAAGAGAGUCUCACCCGGGGCUUUGAGAAACUUGCAAGCCGCAUCGAAACUGCCGAGCUAACGCUCCACGACCUCACCAAAUUAGUCACUACUAUUUCGGAGCUCAACCUGCGGCUCAGUGCUCGCCAAUCAAGUCUGGAAUCGCUCAUUAUCCAGUUCCUCAGCAACAAGCAGAAGAAGCACCCUGGCAUCAAUACCGAUUGGUCAGUCUCACCCGACCGCGGUCAGAAAAGCCAGCAGGUACAAGUCUCCCCGACCCUGGGUGUCGUUCUGCCAAACCCAGUUUCAACCGAUCACGCACAAGUCUCUCCAACCCCGGCCGUCUUUCUGCCUCCAGCAUCUGAGAGCCCAGCGGUCCUUCUGUUGGCGCCAAACCCAAUUCCUCCAACCCGGGCAAGUUCGCCUGGUCCUUACAUUGGGGGUAAUAGGAAGUCACCUCGGCUACAGAAACUCGAACCCACACUUCAAACCCCCGCACAGACCGAGUGCGGUUGUUUGAGUGAGACCCGUUCCAACAUGGAUAUGUUUACAAGAAACAUUGUGUCAACUGGAUGGGACCAGGUUGGGCUGAUCCACGCUGCAUGGGAUUCAAAGCUCUUCAGCAGACCCAUGACACAUGAGCCCCUUCCAUGA